GGUGAUGAGCGGUACAAAUAUUAGAGGACCGCGCGGUCGCUCAGUAGUGACGUGGCACGAAGCAGGCGGUGAGGACGUGCGCGCCCUCGCUUCUUCCUCUUUCUCGACUCCAUCUUCACGGUAGCGGCACCUCGGGCCGCGGCUCAGUCGCCGACAUGCAGCUCUUUGUCCGCGCCCAAGAGCUACACACCCUCGAAGUAACCGGCCAGGAGACGGUCGCCCAGAUCAAGGCUCAUGUAGCCUCACUGGAGGGCAUCGCCCCGGAAGACCAAGUCGUGCUUCUGGCAGGCGCGCCGCUGGAGGAUGAGGCUACUCUGGGCCAGUGUGGAGUGGAGGCCUUGACCACUUUGGAAGUAGCCGGCCGCAUGCUUGGAGGUAAAGUCCAUGGUUCUCUGGCCCGUGCUGGAAAAGUAAGAGGUCAAACUCCCAAGGUGGCCAAACAGGAGAAGAAGAAGAAGAAGACAGGCCGUGCCAAGAGGCGGAUGCAGUACAACCGGCGCUUUGUCAAUGUUGUGCCCACCUUUGGCAAGAAGAAAGGCCCCAAUGCCAACUCCUAAGUCCUAUGUAAUCUUUGUUUUCUCUAAUAAAGCCACUUCGUCCAGA